AUGCUAAACCUACUUUCCACCCUCCUCUUCCUCGCCCCCCUCACGGGUGCCUAUGCCCUCUCCCCCCGCGCCCCCGUCCCCGGCGCCUGCAUGAAAACCCACCUCCCCAGCGAACAACAAUACACGCUCGGCUACCAAACCUUCUGCGAGACCUUCAUCGGCCCCGACGAAAAAAAGACCAUCACCGAAGGCAACCCGCUCGUCGCCACGGUUACCUUGACCGCCCACGACGACAACAAACCGCUGCGCUGGGUGUACAAAGUCAGCGUAUACGAUAACACGCCGCUUGCGCCGCGCUACGAGAUUACGCGCGACAUGUGUCUGGAGAAAUUCAAGAGUGCCGUCGAGAGUGAUGCGGCGGGCGGGCUGGGCAAGGCGUAUUGUGUUGUUGAUGGGGAGGGGGUUACUUUGGCGCAGGGAGGCGUGGUUAAGGAGAAGAAGGGCGGGCAGGGCGGGUUUGGGUCUGUGUAUUGGGAGAGUAGGGGCAGGUUGGAUGAUUGA